UUGGAUUUCUCUCAUUUGUUCUCUAAAAAUUCCUUCAACCACUAGUCUACCAUUUCAAUUCACUCUCUUUACAGCCUUUUAUGUGAUACUAUUAACUUUAAUUUACAUUAAAGUUGUGUUUAACUUAUAGAUCCCGGCGAGCUACAAAUGGCAACGGCAUCAACUGUCCUCUAUCCGGCAACGGUGAGCGCCACCGGCGUCGCAAACUCCGGCGAGAAAGCCCAGAAGAGAGUGAGUAAUAAGGUGGUGUUCAUCAAUGGAUUGAACUCAUUUGGAGGACUAAAAGCUCACAAUGGUGUGGCCUCUCUAGGCCUUCCAGUAUGCACAGAACAGUGCUUUGCAAAGGUUGUCAACUCACUGAAAGCAAUGGGAAGAAGAGGUGGGAGUGCACUGUCCUCCACUUGCAAUGCCACUGAUGAGAUUUUCAAGAUUGCUGCCAUCAUGAACGGCCUUGUUCUUGUCGGCGUGGCCGUCGGAUUCAUUCUUCUCCGAAUAGAAGCGGCUGUUGAAGAAUCUGAUGACUGAGAAUUUUUGUGAACAUAUAAGUACUUGCUUGAUUACUGAUUUCUAUGCAAAAUUAUGGCAGUUUGUACUGUGUUGUUGUAGUUAUUAAUAAGGACUUUUAGUUCAAUAA